AUGAAAGUGAUCCAACUGGGCGGCGCGAACGAUGGAUUGUGCCACUUUUUGAGCUUCGGCGGCUUCGAGAUGCUCCUGGACUCCGGCGUCAAGAUGCAGUCGCUCGUACGCGAGCCACAACAAGGCGGGGGUUCUGUCUACCGCCUACAGCUGCCAGCACUGAGCUCCGUGGAGGUGGGGGCGCUGGACGUGGUGUUGGUGUCUAACCACCUCACUCUACUGGCUCUGCCGUUGCUCACGGAGGUGCUGGGCUUCAAGGGGCAGAUCUACGCAACGCAGCUCACUUUAGACUUCGGUCGGGUGUUUCUGGAGGAGCUGGCAGCUCUGACGCAAGGGGACGACUCCGCAGUCUUUGUGUUUGAAGGCGUGGCGGUCGGAAUGGAGACAGAGCUGCCCAUGCACUCGCUGAAAGAGAUUGAGCAAUGCUGCAAGAAAGUUCGAUGUGUGGAGUACAGUGAGGUUGUGUCACUGGCCUACGGGGUUCAGGUCACGGCGCUGAGUUCGGGUCAUAGCUUGGGUGCGAGUAUUUGGCUCAUUGAAGGCCCGAACGACCGAUUGGCGUACGUGGCGGCUGCCUCGGGAGACUACAACCGCCACCCGAAGGAGCUGGACUUGAUGCCGUUGGUAGACUGCGAAACACUGCUGCUGACGGAUCUGAAGCCGGAUCGGGACCCCCACUCGAACACGGAGCGCAUGGUGGAGCACGUACUCAGUGGCGUCACUCGUGUGCUGGAGCGUGGCGGUGUUUGCAUCGUACCGACGUCGCCUUGUGGCGUCGUGUUUGAUCUCGUAGAGGCUGUGUAUGCCGCGUGCCUCCACAACAAGCAGAACGUCCCGAUGUACUUCAUCUCGGAUCACGCCUCUCGCGUUAUGGAACUUACUCAGCUCGGAGCGGAGUGGCUCUGUGAAAAGAAGAUUGAAAAGCUGUACGCGGGUGAGGACGCAUUCCUGCACGAGUCGCUGCUCAAGAACGGUCUGUUCCACGCGGUUGCAGACGUCUCAGCUGCUACUGCUGCUACCUUUCAGAAUGGUAGCAUCAUUUUUGCUGGCCAUCCAUCUCUCAAGUUUGGGCGUGCCCCAGAAUUGAUCCGCAUGCUCGGAAACGAGAGCCGUAAUGCUGUCCUGCUGAUUGACCCAGCAGUCGAUGCCACCGAAGCCUUUGCCCCUUUCCAAGAUCUCAACAUCGAAAAGAUCGCGUGCCCAAUCGACCCAAGAUUAAGCUGCGGCGACGCUAACCAGUUUAUUGCUCGCUGCUGCCCGCACAACCUGAUCGUUCCGUACGAGUACACCAUCGCUCCGUCGGCAAGUGCAGCGGAGGGAGCUGAGAUGUCGUCGCACUUUUCGCGAGUACUUCCGCUCCACGAGCUCACAGCGGCGAAAACCAAGACAGAGCUGCUCACCUUCCCAAUGAAGCCGUUCGAGCCCAUUGUGAUUGAGAAAACAUCGAAGUAUCUGGAUGGAAGACUUGACCCCAAGCUUGCUGCACAGGCCACAAUCACGGAGGUGAACGGCAAGGCUGCAGCCUGCGGUUCUGGGAAACGCAAAGCGUCGGCGAUAUCGGAUGCUGACACUAGCAGCACGCUCCAGAGCAUCGACUACAAGGAAAAGAGCAACCUCCUUCUGGGCCAAGUUGACGAAGACAGACUGAUGAAGCAAGUGAAAACGCAUGACCCACAAGCUCAGGUGUACAUUUCGCAAGGCCAGGGAGAUGCUGAUGUGUUCAUGAGUAUUCCAUCCCUCGAUGCGCGGAUCACAUUGUGGAAAGAGACCGGGAAAACCCUCGUUGAGACGGAGAAAGAAGAUGCGCGGGCAUUGCUGACGUCAUUCAUCCUGGCGCAGCUUGUAGUGAUCAGCCAGGGCUAA